UGCCUCCAACAGCUCAAGCAACUACCACAACCAACCAAUCCGAGUCAAUCAUGAAGUUUGCCGGAGUUAUCGCGUCAAUGGGCUUUCUGGGCAUGGCUUCUGCUGGUUCCGGUGAAGUUGUCCAGUCACCAACGCAGCAGUCGACGCCAUGCACGACCCCUCCGGCCGUGACGCCGGCUGCGACGGUCCCUUCGUCCAGUGGAGCUGGAAGUUCGAGUUUCGCUCGCUUCUUCGACCAGGAGCGUUUCCACGAGAUGUUCCCGGAUGCUGUGGAGCUCUACAACUUCGACGGUCUCGUGAACGCAGCCAACAAGUACACCACGUUCGCCAACACAGGCAACGACACUAAUGACAAGCGCGAGUUGGCGGCCUUCCUGGCUCAAACGGCUCACGAGAGCGACAACUUCAAGGCAGCGGAGGAGUACGCCCGCAACACCUACACGGUGUGGCAAUACUGUGAUAAUACCACCUACCCGUGUGCUCCUGGCCGUCGCUACCACGGCCGCGGCCCCAUUCAGCUCUCGUGGAACUACAACUACUACAAUGCCGGUAACGCUCUGGGCAUUGACCUCCUGAACAACCCGGACAUCGUCGCGAACGACACGGCGGUGACGUGGAUGACUGCACUCUGGUACUGGAUGACUCCGCAGGGCGGUCGCGUCAUUCACGACGUCGUCGCUGGUGUUAAUGGUUUUGCUGAAUCGACCCGUAUCAUCAACGCAAGAUGUGCAAGGCACUAG